AUGCCUGUGCCCACAGCGCUCCUCCACCGCCGCCCCGAGGAAAGUGUGGAAAAUGUCUCCAUGACUAUCACCGACAAUGACCAGCACGAGCAGCUGGUCGACAUGAACGUGGAGCCAGACAACACCCCCAACGAUGAUGCGCCAGAGACAGGCACCGACGACACCCCCAUGGUCGACGAGUCUGACCGCCCCAAGUUUGCGCCUGCAAAGUCGAUACCACUCGCCUUCCGCCGCGAGCAGCGCAAAGUACCUAUCCCGCCACACCGCAUGACGCCACUCAAGAGCGCAUGGCCAAAAAUCUACCCACCCCUCGUCGAACACCUCAAACUCCAAGUCCGCAUGAACAUCAAGACGAAAUCCGUCGAACUCCGCACUUCCUCCUCGACCACCGACACGGGCGCCCUGCAAAAGGGUGAAGACUUUGUCAAGGCCUUUACUCUCGGUUUCGACGUCGACGACGCUAUUGCUCUACUCCGUCUCGACGACCUUUACAUUGAGACAUUUGAGAUCAAGGACGUCAAGACGCUCAACGGCGAGCACCUGGGUCGCGCCAUCGGCCGCAUAGCAGGCAAGGAUGGCAAGACGAAAUUCGCCAUUGAGAACGCAAGUAGGACGCGAGUGGUACUAGCCGACCAGAAGAUACACAUUCUGGGUGGCUUCAAGAAUAUCCAUGUUGCCCGCGAGGCUAUCGUGAGCCUGAUUCUUGGCCAGAACCCAAGUAAGGUCUACGGCAACCUGAGGACUGUGGCCGGACGUAUGAAAGAGCGGUUUUAA